UUCAAAUGUGAUUCUCAAAAUUCAAAUCAUCACCAUCCUCUUCAUCACCACCAACUUCAGAAAAAGUUCCAUUUUUGUGGUUCUUUUUUCUUUUUGUUCAAGAACUCAGGGUGGUGAUUCUCACUUAUUAUAUAUACACAAAUUUUGUUUUUUGAAUGCAUGUGCCAUUUUAAUGUCCCUUUUUCUCUAGCAAUUGUAUAUUUUACACAUUUUCCUUGCUCCAACUUAUAUAGACACCCCAUACUUUUUUAGAAGCUUUUCUUCCAUUUAUUAAAAGCAAUAUACAUUGGUUGUUUUCAUCACCAAAAAAAAUAACUCUUUGUUAUUGUGGGGUUCUUGAAUUUUUAUCAGGAAGCUGGAAAAAGUUGGAAAUUUCAGAAGUUUAUUCAUAUCCAGAGGAUCUAUCGAAAACAGCAUUUCUACCUUCCAAGUAAGGGGUAUUGAUUUUGGCUCAAACUUGAAAAGGAAUGUGAGUGAAAUUCAAGUUUUUCGCUUUGAUGAACGAGGGAAGUGUGAUUAUAGAAUAAAGGUUUUCAUGUUGGCUCUUGAGCCUUCAUUAGAAUUAAAAAAUAUGAUUGUUGAUUUGAGUGUUUGAGGGAAGAAGAAAAAGGAUUGUGGUUCAAGAUUAGCAUAGGGAGGGAAGAGGAAGUGGGAUUUUGGGCACUUUUAAUAAGAUGGAGGCACCAACAGCUCAGCCAACCACACCCCGGAAAAAAAUGACGAAACAAUUAACGGGGAAACGUGAUGAUUCUGCCUUGCAUUCGGCAGCUAGAGCUGGAAAUAUUGUUGCAAUAAGAGAGACUAUAAAGAACACGGGCGAGGAAGAAUUAGCGGAGUUGUUGAUAAAGCAAAAUUCAGCAGGAGAGACCCCCUUGUAUGUUGCAGCUGAAUAUGGUUAUUAUGAGGUGGUUAGGGAGAUGAUCAUGUAUUAUGAUCUUGUCACAGCUGGCAUCAAAGCGAGGAACGGGUUUGAUGCAUUGCAUAUUGCUGCCAAACAAGGAGAUUUAGAUAUGGUGCAGGUAUUACUGGAAGCACAUCCAGAGCUAGCGAUGACAGUUGAUGUCGCAAAUACAACAGCUUUGCAUACUGCAGCGAACCAAGGGCAUAUAGAGGUGGUGAAUUAUUUCUUGGCGGAACAGAGUAGUUUGGCCACUAUAGCUAAAAGUAACGGGAAAACAGCACUGCAUUCUUCUGCAAGGAAUGGACAUUUGCAGGUUUUGAAGGCUCUUUUGAGUAAGGAGCCAGGGAUUGCAACACGGAUGGAUAAUAAAGGACAGACUGCACUUCACAUGGCUGUCAAAGGACAAAACCUUGAGGUUGUGGAGGAGCUCAUUAAAACUGAUCCUUCAUUAAUUAACCUGGUUGACAAUAAGGGCAAUACGCCAUUGCAUAUUGCAGCUCGGAAAGGGAGAUCUGAGAUUGUUAAAUUGCUACUUGGGCAGAAUGAAACAGACAAAAAAGUGAUCAAUAGGUCCCACGAGACAGCUCUCGACACUGCUGAGAAAAUGUCACAGGCUGAGACUGUAGCCAUCCUACAGGAACAUGGCGUUGAAAGUGCACGAGUUCUCAAACCACAGAAAAUAAAUCCAGCAAGAGAGUUGAAGCAAACCGUUAGUGACAUCAAACACGAGGUGCACGAUCAGUUAAAACACACGCGACAGACAAGAAAACGCAUACAAGGCAUUGCCAAACGCCUCCACAAAAUGCAUCGAGAAGGCCUAAACAACGCGAUCAACUCAACAACUGUCGUUGCUGUACUAAUCGCCACAGUUGCCUUUGCAGGAAUAUUUCAAGUGCCGGGGCAAUACUAUAUGGAUCCAGAUAACCUCCCACCUGGUCAUAUAAUUGGAGAAGCAAACAUAUCGAACCACCCUGGAUUUCUCGUUUUCUUUAUCUUCGACUCUAUCGCGUUAUUCAUCUCGCUUUCAGUUGUGGUUGUUCAGACAACAGUUGUGGUCAUUGAAAGCAAAGCAAAGAAGAAGUUGAUGUCAAUUAUAAACAAGCUAAUGUGGGUGGCUUGUGUGCUUGUUUCAGUGGCAUAUUUGGCACUGUCAUUUGUUGUUGUUGGCACACGUUAUAGGCUGAUGGCAAUUAUUGUGUCAAUUCUUGGAGCAGUUAUAAUGAUUUCAACAAUUGGAGUAAUGUUAUUUUGGGUUAUAAGCCAUAGGAUUGAGUCAUCAAACAAGAAGAGCAUGAGAAAGAACUCUAUGGCUAGCAAGUCAUUGGAUUUAUCAGAUUCAGUCCUCUCUGAUGACAAUGAUGAAUACAAGAAAAUAUAUGCUAUAUAAACUAUUGUAUUUUUUUUUCCUUUUUUUCCCCCUUAAGUUAGGUGGGAUUUGAAAUUUUUUU